CAACGGCCUUGGCAGCUUUCUCCUUUCCCUUUUAUGCUUGACGUGUAUGCAUAUCUUCUUCUUUAACAAUUUUUUUUUUUGUUACCAAACUUGAAUUUUUGUUAGAUUACUUCUGUCUUUGUGUUGGUGGGUUGUUUUCUGAGAAAGACAGAUAGAGAGAGUCUGUGAGAAAGAGGAAAUUGUGAAUGCAGGGUUUCAUAGUUUAUGGUUACAUGUUUUUCUGUUACUCGGUUCCUUAAAACACUUAAGUUUCUUGAUAGUGUAAGAAAUGAUAGAUGGUUGAGGCUGUUUGAGAGAUAACAAUGGGAAAGCAAGGGACCUCCAGGAAUCAGCGCCCCGAGUCACAGAAUGAGGGGAUGCCAUUAGGAACGAAAGAUUAUCAGAUUAGAUGUUCAGAAAACUUUUGUGGGAAUAAUCCUUCUAUUGGUAGGAGGCUUUCAGGAGAAGAUGUGAACUCAAGUUUGAAAAAUGUAUCAUUUCAUGGAUUGAAACAUGAUUUUUCCAAAUUGAGUGCUUCUAAGGGAUCCUAUGGGGGCAAACGGAAUUUUUGGCUUCAAAAGCAUGUGAGAUCGAUUUUGUUUAUGAUUGGGGUGAUUGCUUUUGUUUUUUUGGUUGAUUCUUUAACAGUAUCUCUAGUCAAUUUGAUUAUUCGCGGGAACAGUCCACCUCCCAGAAAAUCAAGUAGUAUCAAGGUUGAUAUUGGUCCCAAUGUUCACAAAGAAAAAUCACCAAUCCAGAUGUAUGAUCGCCUUGUGCAUUUGGCCUCUAAUUAUCUUGCGGAGAUUGAGUUUAAACCAGAGAAAUCAAGCUUGUGGAAGGAGCCAUAUCUUCAGGCCUCUGCAUGGGUACCCUGUGCAGAUGGAAAGGUUGGAUCAGAUUUAGGGAAGUUUGGUAAGACUAACGGCUACAUAGUAGUCAGUGCAAAUGGUGGUCUAAAUCAACAACGAGUUGCUAUCUGCAAUGCUGUUGCACUGACCUCUCUUCUUAAUGCAAGUCUAGUAAUUCCAAGAUUUCUUUACAGCAAUGUAUGGAAGGAUCCAAGCCAGUUUGGUGACAUAUACCAAGAAGACUACUUCAUAAAUACUCUUAAAGAUGAUGUACAUAUUGUCAAGGAACUCCCUUCUUACUUAAAGUCUGUUGAUCUAGAGGCAAUUGGUAGUCAAAUCACUGAUGAAGACAUUGCAAAAGAGGCAAAGCCCACUGAUUAUAUUAGAACCGUUCUCCCUCUCCUUUUGCAGAAUGGAGUUGUUCACUUCCUUGGCUUUGGAAAUCGACUUGGCUUUGAUCCCAUACCUUUUAACCUUCAGAAAUUAAGAUGUAAAUGCAACUUCCAUGCUCUGAAGUUUGUACAUAAAAUUCAACAAGUUGGUUCUAUAUUGGUCAAAAGAGUACGAAAAUAUGAUGCUGCCAAAAGUAUGCUGGAUAAACAAUUGCUUGGAAACUUCAUAGACUAUGUGCCGUCCAAAGAAGACAAAGUUUUUGUGGGUCCAACGAAGUAUCUUGCUUUACAUUUGAGAUUUGAAGUGGAUAUGGUUGCAUACUCCCUCUGUGACUUUGGAGGUGGAGAAGAUGAGAAGAAGGAGCUUCAAGUAUACAGAGAGAUCCAUUUUCCUCUACUGAUUGAGCGUUUGAAGAAGUCAAAGGCAAUUUCUUCCACAGAGUUGAGAAUAUCAGGGAGAUGCCCGCUGACACCAGAAGAAGCAGGACUUGUUCUAGCCGGCCUCGGAUUCAAACAUAGAACUUAUAUUUAUUUGGCUGGAUCUCAAAUAUAUGGUGGAAAUUCCCGAAUGCGGACCUUUACCGACCUCUAUCCUAAUUUAGUCACAAAGGAAACACUUCUUACACCCAGUGAACUUGAACCAUUUCAAAACUUCUCUUCUCAGCGUUGGAUUUUAUUGCCUGCGCAAGUGCUGAUGUCUUUGCCAUGACCGAUUCUGGAAGCCAACUAUCGUCUCUGGUAUCAGGAUUUCGCACUUACUUUGGAGGUGGCAAAGCUCCUACUUUAAGACCAAACAAGAAAAGGUUAGCAGCAAUCUUGUCCGAGAAUAAGACCAUAGGCUGGAAUACUUUUGAAGAAAGAGUUAGAAAGAUGAUUGAGGAAGGUCAACGAGUCCAGACCAGAGGCUUUGGUCGAAGCAUCUAUCGUCAACCAAGGUGCCCAGAAUGCAUGUGUAAAAGAUCCCAGUAGUGUAAAGAGUAUAAAUAAUUCUUAGUUGCCUUGGAUGGAAAUUGACAUGUAUCUUUUACCUUCGCCUCCGGUAAUAUUCAAAUUCAUUUUUUCAUUCUUA